UCUUGAAAACAAACCAGAGAUGCAGAUGGCUGCAAGCCUCUAGCACUCACACACUGUUACAUGGAAAAUUUCACAUAAUUUCGGAGAAAGAAAAGCACAAAAAUGGUGCAAGUGUUCUCACCCAAAGCUUCUAUUCUCAUCAGAUGUCAACAAGGUUUAAUCAAGAAAACUAGGCUUCUUUGUAUCUCUGUUAAAUCCCAGCAAUAUUCUCGCAGCCCCGCGGAAAAUGAAGCCACAGCCGCGGAGAUUGACAAGAUUUUGAAGCAUAAUAACUGGCAAUUUUUGUUGGAAUCAUCGCACAUCCCACAAAGACUAAACGCUGAUGUGGUCCAUUCAGUGCUCCAGAGAAGCAAUUUUUCUGUUCACCCCAGGCGCCUCGUUGAUUUCUUCAACUGGUCGAAUCGGCAUCUGGGUACUUCUCAGAAUCUUCAUUCUUAUUCGAUUCUUGCGUUGGUUUUGUGCAGUUCUAAUCUUUAUGCCCCUGCUGUGAAUGUAUUGGGGAAAAUGGUGGAUGCCCGGGUUUCGGUUUCUGAUGUUUUGGACUCAAUUUUGAAUCUUUAUAAUGGGUGUUCGAGGUUUAGAUCGAGGACGGUGGUGUUUGAGCUAUUGAUUGAUGUGUAUAGGAAAAAGGCUAUGUGGAGUGAGGCUGUGACUGUGUUUUUGGGAGUUAAAGGUGGGGACUUUAGGAUCAGUUUAUUGUGUUGUAAUUCUUUGUUGAAGGAUUUGUUGAAAUGCAAUAGCAUGGAUCUGUUUUGGAAGGUGUAUGGGGAAAUUCUGGAAAGAAAGAUUGAUUUCGAUGUCUAUACUUAUGUUAGUGUGAUUACAGCUUAUUGCAAAGUUGGCAAUGCAAGGGAGGCCAAGAGGGUUCUUUUUGAGAUGGAAGAGAACGGGUGUGAUCCAAACUUGAUUGCUUAUAAUGUCAUCAUCAGAGGGUUGUGUGGGAGUGGAGCCUUUGAUGAGGCCUUGCAACUGAAGAUGACAAUGGCUGAGAAGGGUCUCGCUCCUGAUAAUUAUACUUAUACCAUAAUUAUAGAUGGGUUUUGCCAGCACAAGAGAUCUUCUGAGGCGAAGUUGAUUUUGGAGGAAAUGUGUGAAAGAGGCUUAAACCCUGAUCAUAUUGCUUAUACUGCCUUGAUAAAUGGGUUCAUGAAAGAGGGAGCUGUGGAUAAGGCCUUUCAAGUGAAGGAUGCAAUGGUUGCACGUGGAAUUAAAUUGAAUCUGGUGACAUAUAAUGCUAUCAUACAUGGUCUUUGCAAAGCUGGUGACAUGGAGAAGGCAGUAAGUCUAAUACAUGAGAUGACUAAAAUGGGAAUAAAUCCACAAACCCAGACAUACAAUUAUUUGAUUGAAGGGUAUAGUCGAGAGCGUAGUCUGGAUAAGGUUUCUGAAGUUCUGGUUUGGAUGAACGAAAGAAACUUAGCACCUUCGGCAUACACCUUUGGUGCUAUAAUUAAUGAGUUAAGUCGCUCAGGCGAUCUAGAACAAGCCAAUCUUUUAGUGGAGAAUAUGAUUGCAGGAGGUAUCAAACCCAGUGCUGUGAUCUACACGACAAUUAUAAAAGGUUAUGUCAAUGAAGGUAAGUAUGAAGAGGCAAUGAGAAUUUUGGACGUUAUGUGGCAGAAAGGCACCGUACCUGAUGUUUUCUGCUAUAAUUCUGUAAUUAUUGGUCUUAGAAAGGCAAAGAGGAUGGAAGAGGCAAGAACUUGUUUCAUUGGAAUGCGGGAGAGGGGAUUGAUGCCAAAUGCCUACACCUUUGGGGCCUUGAUUUCUGGAUAUAUUGAGAUGGGUAAGAUAGAGACUGCAGAAAGUUAUUUCAUGGAGAUGCUUGAUCAAGGUAUAGCUCCUGAUCUUUAUAAUUAUACAUCAAUGAUUGACGGACUCUGCAAAAUGGGGAACAUAACACAGGCCUUUUCUAUUUUCAGUCGCAUGCUACAACAGUGUCUACUCCCAGAUGUGCAUGUUUACAGUGUACUCAUAAUUGGCCUUUCCAAGAAUGGGAAAUUGCAAGAAGCAAUGAGAAUUUUCUCCAACCUCUGUGAAAAGGGGUUGGUACCUGAUGUUUACACUUAUACUUCAUUAAUAUCUGGUUUCUGUAAGCAAGGUGAUAUGCUAGAGGCUUUCAGGCUUCAUAAUGAAAUGCAUCAGAAGGGUAUAAAUCCUAACAUUGUCACUUAUAAUGCCUUGAUUGCUGGAUUGUUAAGAUCAGGUGACAUAGAGAGAGCUAAGGAACUGUUUACUGGACUAUCUGGCAGAGGGUUGAUACCAAAUAAGAUUACAUUUACCGCAAUGAUCGAUGGGUACUGCAAGUCAGCAAAUCUGGAUGAAGCAUUUCGUUUGUUGCAAGAAAUGUCAUCGAGUGGGGUUUCACCUGACGGUUUCGUCUACAAUGCUCUUGUCAACGGAUGCUGCAAGAAAGGAGACAUGGAGAAAGCUUUAUCCCUAUUCCAAGAAAUGGUUGAGAGGGGUGUUGCAUCUAUACUUACAUUCAACACAUUGAUUGAUGGGUUUUGCAAGUCAGGAAUAUUGACUAAAGCACUUGAGCUGGUUGAAGACAUGGUUGAUAAGCAAAUAUUGCCUAAUCACGUAACCUUCACUAUUAUAAUCAAUCACUAUAGCAAGAUGGGGGACAUGAAGGAAGCAGAGCAACUUCUUAUGGAGAUGCAAAGGAGAAAUAUAGUACCCACAAUUGUGACUUACACUUCCCUUUUGCAUGGUUAUAGCAAAGUAGGGGAUAGAUCCAAGAUGUUUUCCCUAUUUGAGGACUUAGUAAAAAAGGGUAUCGAGCCUGAUGAAGUAGCAUAUAGACUGAUGCUUGAUGCAUUCUAUGAAGACGGAAAUUUGGAAAAAGCAUUUACAGUCUGGAAUGAACUUUUGGGCAAGGGUGUAUUGAAAGGAAAGGUUAGUGAAAUACUGAUAGGGGCAUGGUGUGGAAAUGGAGAUAUUUCAGGGGUAUUGGCAUCACUUGAUAAAAUAAGAGAGCAAGGGUAUAAACCGAGUGUUACCACAUGUGGUACCUUGGCCUACGGUUUGAAGAGAAUAGGAUACAAAGAAGAAGAACUAGAUAAGGUUUUUGAUGUUAUGGUGAGCUUUGGAUGGGUGCCAUCAUCCUUGAGUUUAAACGACUUGAUCAUCCAAUAUCAACCGGGGGAUUUGGAGAUUGGCAGUGACCAGUCUAUGCGAGCAGUAUCUGAAGUUGUGUGUCAGGUUUAAUUUUAACUGAUUAAGGAAACAAGAUUUGCUACUGUUUCUUUCACUGCUUCAUAAAGCAACUGGAGCCUGCACAAAAUUGGCAGCCACGCUUCCAUAGCUUUUCUUUCAGAGAAGUUGGAUUUGCUAUCCUUGUUAUUGAUCCAAGGAGCUCACUGCUUCCUGUGCAAAGAAUCAAGUGGAUAUGCCCAUGCUUCAUUAUUUGAUACAAGUACGAUUGACUACGUGCAGGCAAAGCAAGGUGAAGAGUUUCUACCCCUUAAUCUCCCUUGGAACCAAAAGCACUGCAUCCAGAGAACUGGUCUACACGCAUAAAUACUUGCAUCUUUUUUGCGAAGCAGAAAAAGAUCCAAGUAUAUUUGGCUCAUCGAUCUGAAUCUUCGAUGAAAAUGUCUUCCAAGGAAAGCAAACACAAUCCUGCAGAAGUGUGACCUUUUACAGCGAACAUCGAAGAAUCAGCUCUCACAUGUAACACUACAUAUGUUGACGAGGAACCACCGAUGAUUUCUUGUAAUUAAUUCAUAAUAAACAUAUUUUUGCUGUAGAUGAAACCUUUCUUUUCAUAGGUUCCACUUUCUUUCUCCCACGUGAAUUGUGAUGAAUUUUGUAAUCCCUAA